UCUCUCCCGUUUAUCCUCUCUAUCCAAUGUUCUACGAAGCACAGCAGGAUGGCUUGUUCUUCGCUGCUUGCUGCACCCACCUCCCUUUCCUCAAGACCUGCAGCCUCUCCAUCUCCAUCCCUCGUUGCCACCAUAGCCAAUGCGGUUCCGGGCAGCAGCCAAGCCGUAAGCCGCCGGGAGCUCGCCGUGAUCCUGUCGUCCUCGGUGGCGCUGCUGCUCGUCCCGGUGCCCCCAUCGGCGUUCGCGGCCUCGGACGAGGAGUACGUUAGGGAGACGGCAGAUAUGAUCGGGAAGCUGCGGAUCACUAUCGGCAUGGACAAGAAAGACGCCAACGUGGCCGCGGCCGUGGCGGAGCUGCGGGAGGCGUCCAACUCAUGGGUGGCCAAGUACCGGAGGGAGAAGGCGCUGCUGGGGCGGGCCUCCUUUAGAGACAUGUACUCCGCUCUCAAUGCCGUCUCCGGCCACUACAUCAGCUUCGGCCCCACGUCGCCCAUCCCCGCCAAGCGCAAGACCCGCAUCUUGGAAGAGGUGGACGCCGCCGAGAAGGCUCUUAUCCGGGGGAGGUAGGCUAACCAAAAGAAGGAACAAGAAGGAAGCUACCCUCUUAAAUCCUAUCUCCUCUCUUGGGAUGCUGUUCUCCUUCGACUGAAAUGCACUGCACUGUAUUCGGGUUACUUGUGCUGAUGAUGUACUUAAAACUCAUCUGAUGCUGAAAGCUGUGGAUUUCAAUUGCUGA